AUGUCAUCGAUCUCCUCAACGGUUACUAUCCAAGCAAUGAAGUGCAUCUUUGCCAAGUUCAGAAAUCCAGAGACGCUCGUCAUGGACAAUGUAACGCAGUUCACGUCACCUCAGUUCACUUCAUUCUGUCCUUCGCGAGGAAUCUUGCACACUCGCACGCCGCCGUUCUAUCCACAGAGCAAAGGACAAGUAGAACGUUUUGUGGACACCUUCAAAAGAGGACUUGCCAAGCUGAAGGGCGAAGAACCAACAGUGGACGCACUACAGAAGUUUCAGAUGGGAUAUUGCUCCACUCCCUGCCCGUCUGCACCUGACCAGCGUUUACCUGCCGAAGCCUCCCUGGGACGCCGACUGCGAACGGAACUCGAUCUAAUGCUACCUUCUAGAGGUCUCACAAACGGUCCACGGGAUGUCAAAAUGGAAUCUCAAUUCAAUCGUCGAAAUGGAGCACGACGCCGCAACUUUGAGAUCAACGACGCGAUUUUCGCCAAGGAUUAUCGAGGUCAGAAACCCACUUGGACUCCUGGUUUCAUCACGCGCCGUGUUGGAAACACAACCUACACUGUUCGCUGUGGAAACGAAGUAUGUACUCGGCACGUAAAUCAGUUGCGAUCGGCACAACUGCGACUAACACUUUCUUGUAUGUGUUCGACCUACCGUUACUCGACUCCGCGAGCAGGGACGAUGAUACAACGCCGGCUGCCGACUCGUCUCAACGACCGCAACGCCUUCGACGACCCCGUCGCCGACUACAGGUGGACCCACGAAGAACUCGAUACGAGAUAA